AUGCUUACAGUCAUAUAUACAUAUUGGCAACAACAAAAAGGUAAAAAAUCUCAUCAAUUUCCAUUUAAUCAUGUUAUUCAACUUAAUAUCGGUGAUGGGUUUGCUAGCGGUCAUCAGAUGCCUAUUACAUAUAUUCGCCAAUUUAUAGCCGGCUGUGCUCAUCCAGCACUCCUGAAUUCCUUUGAAUUUCCAUCAGAUGUUAAAGAACGAGUAGAACGUUUAUUGAAUAUAUGCAUUGGAAAAACUUUCGGUUCAUAUAGUGAAAGUCCUGGCAUUAAAAUAAUACGACAUGAUAUUGCCAGUUAUAUUCAACAAAGAGAUGGACAUCCGUCGGAUCCGAAUAACAUUUACUUAAGUAACGGCGCAGCAGGCGGCAUCGAAACAGUGCUUAAACUUCUUAUGAAUAACUCAAAGAAACCAUCAGGAAUUAUGAUUCCUGUUCCCCAAUUUCCAUUUUACAGUGCUAUUUUAACGCAAUUUGGAGCUCAUCAAAUUGAGUAUUUUCUCGACGAAGAUAACGGUUGGGCAUUGCAUAUAGAUGAACUAGAGCGUGCGUUAAAUGAGUCAAAAGCUAGAUAACCACUUUCGAAACUAAUCAAUCCAUUUCCUUUUGGCCCUUCUUAA